AGGGCACUCUCAUUAAAAACACGCCACCAACUACUUGUACCUGUGAUGUGGUGGAUACUUCUAUCUUAAGCUCUUUGCAGUAGACGUAUAAGCACCAUGGUGGGAGUGGAGUGCAGGUCUGAGCAGGUGAGGGUGUGACUCCUCUGCGAUUGGUCGACAAAGAGACCGACGGCCGGACAGAGCUAGCCCGUCAGAGAAGAAGAAUGGCUCGAAAUGUUAACUUUGACCUGAACCACUCACUCAUGGAGGCUGGACUGGAGAGCCCGAUAGAUGAGGAAGGUGUUCAUGACUCAUUCAGCCAGCUGAUAGCAGAGCAGAGUCAGAAUGGAGGACUUUCUGACGCCUUCGAGCUACAGCAGCUGCAGGGACAACUGGACGAUGAGGAUCGAGACAGUGUCGGCUACCUGUCCAGCCCUGGACAUGAGUUUAAAGGAAGGAGGAACGUGCGAAGGGACAUGGAAUUGGAGGAUGGUGAAAGACCGGUAGACCCCCUCAUAGGUGAACGCUGGUCCUCUGCAACCAUGAAGAUCCUGUCCUCCAUGCCCAGUCGCACGAUCGGUCGCAACAGGGGAGCCAUCAUCUCUCAGUACUACAACAGGACCAUGCAGCUUAGGAGGCGCAGGCAAAGCAGACCCGCCAUCCGAGAUUUCUCUCGCUCUGCCAGACCGAGCAUACGAGGCUACGGCAUUGAGGCAGACACUACGGACGCAGAGGGCACAGAGGUGACUAAGAGGGAACGUUUGGUGAACAACCUGCAGAACCUGUCAGCGAGCGACAGGGUCAGGAUGCUCAGAGCGAUGCCUCUCAGUGUGGCAGAGAAGAAUGAACUCAGGAGGCUAGCUUUACAAAAGGAGAAACGCACACUGUCUGGCAAACAGAUCCCCUGUUGCAGUCGACUCAAAUAUUACAUCAUAAUUGGUGUAAGACAGAGUUGGUACAGCUGGCUGUCCUUCCUUCACUCCCUCCAGCUGUGGCAAGUUGCGCUCAAGAGAGUGGGCGGGCGUUUCGGCACCGGUGUCCUCUCAUACUUCCUGUUCCUUAAGACCCUACUCUUCUUCAACGUUUUCCUGUUCCUGGUGACUGGUGCCUUCUUGGUGCUGCCUCAGGCGGUGCACCCUCCAGUGCUGUCUGCGGGGAGAAGCUCCUUCACUGGACUGGAGCUCCUCACCGGAGCGGGCUAUUUCUCAGACACAGUGAUGUACUAUGGAUACUACUCCAACUAUACACUGGGUGGGAGCUGCAGGGAUACUGAUGACAGGCAGAAUGCCUCUUUGCCCAAAGGAGCCAGCCUGGACUGUGUGUUGUAUAACAUGCCGCUUGCAUACUUCUUCACCAUAGGAGUGGCUUUCUUCAUCACAUGUAUCAUUCUUGUAUACAGCAUGUCAAAAUCGUUUGGUCAGAGCUUCCGAAUCGACAAAUCUCACAGUAUCUUGGCUAUGAAGGUCCUCUGCUCCUGGGACUUUAAGGUCAUUAAGAAAACUUCUGUCAGACUCAUGUCUGAGAAUAUCUGCACCCAGCUCAAGGAGCUGCUAGCAGAGGUGAAUCAUAAACAUGUCAAGAAAACAUCGUGUCAGAAGUUUGGGAGACUGAUGGUUCAUGGUCUGGCAUGGGCUAUCUGCAUAGCAAGCACCACUGCCUGUGUGCUUGGUAUUUACUACUUCUCUGAAUACAUGCACCAGAACCUCCAAGCAAGUUCUCGCAGAGUCAUCAAAAACCCAUUGUCGCAUGAAGCCAGCCUGCUGGCCCUCCCAGUGGUGGUCUCCCUGAUCAACCUGCUGCUACCCGGCCUGUUCAACCUCGCUGCCUGGAUGGAGGACUAUGACUCACCUUCUGUGCGCACAUAUGCCGCCAUCAGCAGAAACUUGAUGUUAAAAGUAAGCGUUCUUGGAGUCCUGUGCUACCACUGGCUGGGUCGAGUGGCUGCUGACCCUAAAAGUAUUAAACUGAAGUGCUGGGAGAGUUUUGUUGGCCAGGAGCUUUACCGUUUCCUGCUUAUGGACUUCAUAUUCACUCUAUUGGACACCUUGUUUGGAGAGUUUCUUUGGAGGUUGUUCUCUGAGAAGGUGCUGAAGAGAAGGAGGAAACCAGUGUUUGAUAUCGCCAGGAAUGUCCUUGAGCUCAUCUAUGGACAGACAUUGGCCUGGAUGGGUGUCCUCUUCACUCCUUUGCUGCCUGCAGUGCAGAUUCUCAAACUCCUGCUGCUCUUCUACAUUAAAAAGAGCAGCGUGAUGAUGAACUGUCAGGCACCCAGAAGGCCGUACCGAGUCAGCCAGAUGACCACCAUCUUCAUCACUCUCCUCUGCUUCCCCUCUUUCCUUGGUGCCUCUGUGUGUGUCACAUACACCAUGUGGAGCAUCACGCCCUCUCCAUCUUGUGGUCCAUUCCAAGAGCUCAAAAAGAUGUCCCAGGCGGGGAAGCGGUGGGUGGAAGAACUGGAAAAAGAUAAUCCCAACUUGUCCGUGCUGGCCAGGGCUCACUCCUACCUGGUGGAAAACCCUUUCUUCUUGUUUGUGGGAGCAGGCAUCUUCCUGAUUAUCAUCUACUUUCACAGUCAGGUGGUCGACGGGCAAAGGAAGAUCAUCACUUUACUACAAGAGCAGAUAGAAAAUGAGGGGGAAGAUAAGAAGUUUCUAAUCACUCGCCUGCAGUCUAUCCAUGAGCGAAAACGAACCCCCGCUCGAAGACUCACCAGUCAGGACUCCAGCUGUUGAGAUCCAACGCCUCCUCAGUUCUCUGAGCACUGAGGUCUGGAGAAAUCCUAAACCAGGGUGAACAUAACUGGAAUAAUCACAGGGAAGGACAACUGUAUAUAUGACCAGAUUCAAAUGUGUUAGACAUUAUAAAUUUGGCCAGGAUUUUAAUAACGGAGCAUUUGUAGAGAGGCAAAACAAACCAAGUGGAAAUAUCAGGUAACACAAAGCUGUCUGCUUUACACAGCGCUGUUUAUGGACGAAAUGCCUGAAGUCAAAAGGUACAAAUGGACCAUACGACCUGAGAAAUGUAAAAGCUGAUGUUAAUCAGCUCACAUAGAUUUCAGUCAUCUCUUGUAAAAGCACUUUCAUAUCAACUGUGAACAAAUAGUUUUUAUUAUGUCUGGUGCAAAAACUGUUAAUAGUCUACAAUGUUUUUUUUUUUUUUUAAUGUUUAAAUUUUUUUUAAAUAAUUUUAUCAGGAUGUUUGUUGUAGGUGAACUUUGGAUGUUGUGGGUGUGAGUAUGAUGAUGCUGGGAAUGACUCCAUUUUGUUUUCUGAGUCGCUCCUUUUAGGGUGAUAACUGCCACUGUAUUGUCAAAGUGUAGUGUUUAAAUUAUGUUUUUAUCAUA